AGUAUAUUGAAGUUUGAGAUAAAUCAAAUACUCCCUGCGUUCCAAAUUAUAACCUACAUUUCGAACGUGUAAAUGUCACUUCUUUUAAAAUCAUUUUAUUUAUAAAUAAAUAGAGAAAUUAAAAGUGAAAAUUACAUCAUUCAAAAAUAGAUCAAAAGUUCUACAAAAUAAGAUGGUUUUUUUACUAUUAUUUGGAUCAUCAGAGAAAAAUUUGACAGAGAAGAUCUUGAGGAGCUGUGAAUGGUGUUGUGAUCAUGGGGAACACAUUCCGAACACUGGCCCCAAAUUCCGAGCAAACCCAAGAAACCCAAUCCGCCAUUGUUGACCCGGCGGAAGAAGAAUCUCAGAACGGGCCCUUCACCUGCGAAAUCUGCGUGGAGCCGAUGAUCUUGCCAAGAAAGUUCAAGAACCGGACCCUCUGCUCCCACCCCUUCUGCACCGACUGCAUCGCCAAGUACAUCGCCGUGAAGCUGGAGGACAACGCCGCCGCGAUUCAGUGCCCCGCCGUCGACUGCCACGAGUUUCUGGACCCGAUUUCGUGCCGGCCCAUGCUCGCACCCCAGGUGUUUGUGAAAUGGUGCGACGUGCUCUGCGACGCGGCGGUGCUGGAAUUGGACCGCUGUUACUGCCCCAACCGCGACUGCUCGGCUCUGAUCGUCAACGAGUGCGGCGGCGUCGUGAAACGCUCCAGCUGCCCUAACUGCAAGAGCGCGUUUUGCUUCGACUGCAAGCUUCCUUGGCACGCCGGCUUCCGGUGCGAGGAAAGCCGGGAAUUGAGGGAUGUGAACGACGUAGCUUUUGGCGUGCUGGCUGAGCAGAGAAGGUGGUCGCGUUGCCCUAGGUGCCGUCAUUUCGUGGAACGCAGUGAAGGCUGCAAGAUCAUUCAUUGCAGGUGCGCCAUAAAUUUUUGCUACAGAUGUGGAAGACAAGUUCAACAGCACUGGUGCGGGUGCGACACGGCUUCAUGCUGCUGCAUAUGGACCUGGAAAAUCCUCAUGUUCUUUAUGGCACUCAUGUUUUUCUACUUCCUCUUCUGGGGCUUUGGGAUCAAACCCCGGUUUCUUCCCUGACUGACUAAUGGGAAAGAGAAGAUUCGUAUGAAAGGUUUUCGAAGACGGUUAACUAGGCCACAGUUCAUGGCUCUUCAUUAGCAUAUCACUAUAUUUAUAUAUAUCAUAAUAUUUCUUCUACCAUAUAACAUUUCAAUUAUGUACAUAGCUCUUGCCAUACUUGCACAAGCACCUAAUAUAUUUAACAUAUAUGU